AUCAGGGCACACUAGAUCCUUUUGGCCUCCAGUGUCAAGGACAUUCAGUACAGUGGAUGGGAAGUGUUUUUGUAUAUGGGGGUAUGUGGAUUCCAUCCUCACACUAAAGAUCAGCUGCCUCUACAGAUCUCAGAGUUGAAGAACCAUGGCAUUCUCCAGGUUCUGACCACAGAAGCUAAUGAAUGGGAGCCACGUGUUGUGAGUACAGAGGUGGUCAGAGCCCAAGAAGAAUGGGAAGCUGUGGACACCAUCCAGCCAGAGACAGGGAGCCAGGCCAACUCAGAGCAGCCUGGGCAGCUAAUCUCCUUCAGUGAGGCCCUGCAGCACUUCCAGACUGUGGACCUUUCCUCCUUCAAGAAAAGAAUCCAGCCAACUAUUCGAAGGACUGGGCUCACUGCCCUUCGACACUACCUCUUUGGGCCUCUAAAGCUCCACCAGGGCCUUCGGGAAGAAAGGGACUUGGUCCUGACCAUUGCUCAAUGUGGCCUGGAUAGCCAAGACCCAGUGCAUGGCCGAGUCCUCCAGACCAUCUAUAAGAAGCUGACCGGCUCCAAGUUUGACUGUGCCCUUCAUGGAGACCACUGGGAGGACCUGGGCUUGCAGGGAGCGAAUCCAGCCACAGACCUGAGAGGCGCAGGCUUCCUUGCCCUCCUGCAUCUACUGUACCUGGUGAUGGACUCAAAGACCUUGCUGAUGGCACAGGAGAUUUUCCACCUGUCUCGUCACCACAUCCAGCAAUUCCCUUUCUGUUUGAUGUCGGUGAACAUCACCCACAUCGCCAUCCAGGCCUUGAGAGAGGAGUGUCUCUCCAGAGAGUGUAAUCGGCAGCAGAAGGUCAUCCCCGUGGUGAACAGCUUCUAUGCCGCCACAUUCCUCCACCUUGCACGUGUCUGGAGGACACAGCGGAAGACCAUCUCAGACUCCAGCUUUGUCCUCAGAGACUUGGAAGUAUUGGCCAAGAGCCCACAGCGGCUGCUGAAGACCCUGGAGCUGUACUUGGCCAGGGUGUCAAAGGGACAGUCCUCCUUGUUGGGGGCACAGAAGUUCUGUGGGCCAGAAGCCCCUCCCUUCAAGGAUCUCACCUUCACAGGGAAGAGUCACCUGCAGCCUCACUCAUCCUAAGGCAUAUGGCUGAUCUGAACUCCGAGAUGGACGGAGGUUUAAAGGCUGAGCUGCAGGGGCUUUCAGAGGGUCAGUGGAAACCAUGUCAGGAGGCUGGCCGGGCCACACCCCUUGGUGUCUCAGCAGACGGGAUAUAGGAAGCUCCCGGGCUUAGCUGUGCAAAACCAAGUACCCUCACUGGGAUGGGACAUGAGGGGCAGCUAGACUUCGCCCCCUCCCCGCAGACCUGCCUCCAAAGCAAGGAGAAUUCUGCCUUAAUCUGUUGGGCUCCAGUCUCCAAGGUUGAGUUCCAUUGUAUCCCACUGGGAGUGAAUGGAUCAUGAGGUGGGAUGGCCCCAUCUGGAUGUUCUGCAGAUCCACACAUGGAAGGAGAUUCCCAAGUAGAGGCAGCCAGAAUUCUAACUCCCUGGCAGCGGCAGGGCUUUCAGGCGCUGGUGUCUGUGUUGUUAGAACUCAGAGGAAGAGGGCAGGGGCAGCACCCGAUGGGGCAGCAUGAUCCAAGCAAGGGGCCUGAGUCCUCAGUGGGGCUGGGGCACGGAGGUACCUCACCAGGUGGGUGUCAGACCCCCUCUAGAGUUUCUGGCCAUUCACUUACCACUCUGUUCUCCCCCUGACCCCUGCUCCAUUGUUUAUGAUGGGAAAAUGGACAUUUGGCUAGGUGUCUCUCAUGGCUGCUCCAUCCUAGCCCCCGCAAGCUGGGACUUCCUCGUGUAGAGGCUGUGCCCGCCCCAUGAUUGGUUUCUGGCCUAAUUGAGGGAAGGAGGAAAUUCAUACCAGCAGUUUUCAAAUAAA